AUGAGUACGUCAACAAUUAAACUCCAAACUACUACAUCAUGUACAGAUAUUUUACAGCAGUCAAGAUAUCAUAAUUUAAUUCUAUAUUUACCAAAUACAGAAUAUCUAUUAAUUUUCUUAUUUCAAUUAAUUAUUGUAUUUUCUAUUGUCAAUAACCUAUUAACCAUUCAAACAUGUCUUCGUUUAUCUAUACGUAUAACAAAUCUUGGUGUCUAUCUAAUACUUCUUUCACUCAGCAAUUUAAUACGUUGUAUAUUUCUUCAAACAUCACUUAUAUGUGAUACACAAUCAUUACAACGCACAGCUCUAUUUUAUGUAUCAGCCAUUUCAUUGAAUAUAUUAAAUUUUUCAGCAAUGUGCUAUUCAAGUAUGAUUGCUUGUGAACGUCUUUUUAUAGAAUGUUUUAAUUAUCCUUUUUAUGCGACAAGACAACGUUCUUGUCUUUUCUCAAUUAUUUUAUUGAUAAUUACUUUGCUUACACAAAUACCUACAGUCUUAUUAUACUUUAGUGGAUUUUCUGCAUCGAUAGUUAUUUCUAUUUUAACAAAAAUUGUAAAAAGUAUUGAAUUUGGUACUGUACUAAUUACAUGUUUUUUACAUAUUGUAUCAAGUCUUUUUGUACUCAAACAUAUUAGUGUACAUAAAGUCUAUAUUAAUUUAGGUGAACAAGAAUAUUGGUGUGUUUGGAGACAACAAAUGAAGAAUCAUAUGGAUUUUUUUAUACCGCCACUAUGUUAUAUCCUAUGUAUAUUACCAUGGUAUCUUUUUAAACAUGUGAUUUACUCCUGUGAUCGUGUUAGUCCAACAACAAUUUUACGUCUGUAUUUUAUUCUGAUUGCACUAGCAAAUGUACCAUUUACAAUGACAUUCCUAAUUUAUAUUUAUCCAUCGAAUGUUUAUAUGAAUGAAUUCAGACGUUCAUUAGCUGUGUUGACGACAAAAAUAUUUAUUUAUGGAUCGCAUCGGAAAAGAACCGACAGUAAUAUGUCAAAUGUGACAAAGAUUUCUUCGAUAGCAUGA